CACAGAGGAGUAGAGGUGGUGUGUUGUUGUUGUUGUUGUCGUUGUCGCCGCUGCUCGCUCGGCCGCCCACUGUCCUCAUGGGGCUGGAGAUGGAUCCGCUGGUCCACGCCUUGAGUUACUUCAGGCGGAGGAAGUUCCAGCUCUGCUCGGAUCUGUGCUCCCAGUUGCUGGAAAAAGAACCUGGCGACCAGGCUGCUUGGUGCUUGAAAAUACGAGCAUUAACUGAAAUGGUUUAUGUGGAUGAAAUAGAUGUGGACCAGGAAGGCAUUGCUGAGAUGAUGCUUGAUGAAAACGCAAUUGCACAAGUUGCACGACCAGGUACUUCAUUGAAAAUCCCUGGAACUGGCCAAGGUGGAGGUCCUAGCCAAGCUGUCAGGCCAGUGACUCAGACAGGGAGACCCCUUACAGGAUUUGUACGGCCUAGCACACAGGGUGGACGACCAGGUACUAUUGAACAGGCCAUAAAAACUCCAAGAACUGCUCAUACUGCCCGUCCAAUGACAAGUGCUUCAGGGAGAUAUGUUAGACUUGGAACGGCAUCUAUGCUCACAAAUCCUGAUGGUCCCUUCAUAAAUGUGUCUAAACUGAACUUAAGUAAUUACGCUCAAAAACCAAAGUUGUCAAAGGCAUUGUUUGAAUACAUUUUUCACCAUGAGAAUGAUGUUAAGAAUGCUUUAGAUUUGGCAGCGUAUGCUACACAACAUGCCCAGUUCAAGGACUGGUGGUGGAAGGUACAAAUUGGCAAAUGUUACUACAGGUUAGGACUAUAUCGUGAAGCAGAAACACAAUUCAAAUCAGCUCUCAGGCAGCAGGAUAUGGUGGAUACUAUUCUGUAUUUGGCAAAAGUGUAUUCCCGCUUGGAUCAGCCUUUGACAGCCCUAAACGUGUUUAAGCAAGGACUCGAGCAUUUUCCUGGAGAAGUUUCUCUCAUUUGUGGUAUUGCCAGGAUCCACGAGGAAAUGAACAAUAUUUCUUCAGCUGCAGAAUACUACAAAGAUGUCUUAAAACAAGACAAUACUCAUGUAGAAGCCAUUGCAUGUAUUGGAAGUAAUCACUUUUAUUCUGACCAGCCUGAAAUAGCAUUGCGGUUUUACAGGCGGCUUCUGCAGAUGGGCAUUUAUAACAGCCAGCUGUUUAACAACCUGGGCCUCUGUUGUUUCUAUGCCCAGCAAUAUGACAUGAUUCUCACCUCCUUUGAACGGGCGCUGUUCCUAGCUGAAAAUGAGGAAGAGGCUGCAGAUGUCUGGUACAACCUGGGGCAUGUAGCAGUGGGAUUAGGAGAUGUAAGCUUGGCUUACCAGUGUUUCAAACUGGCCUUGGCCAACAACAAUGACCACGCAGAAGCUUACAAUAACUUGGCUGUAUUGGAGAUACAGAAAGGUCGCAUUGAGCAGGCAAGAGUAUUUCUGCAGACUGCUUCAUUGCUAGCACCUCACAUGUAUGAACCACACUUCAAUUUUGGCAUACUAUCAGAAAAGGUUGGAGAUCUCCAAAGGAGUUACAUAGCCGCUCAGAAGUCUGAAGAAGCAUUUCCAGAUCAUGUGGACACACAGCAACUUAUCAAACAGUUAAAGCAGCACUUUGCCAGACUCUGAUGAAAUGCACUGUUUUGUCAAAACUGCUAACUAGUAGAAAUUAACAAACCAGAGGAGUUAAUUCUUAGAUCAUUUUUAUAUCAGAAUAUCUGCUGAGCUGAGUAAAGAAGGGUAAUAUACUGAACUUGCGUGUUACCCUCCCAAACUGGGUUGAAGCUGCUGCCAUCUUCUGGGUAUAUUAUGUGAAGGAAGACAGGGUUUACCUCAGUCUCUGUUGAGCAGUCAGCAUUUCUGUGAGGAAGUUGCAAGAAAAGGAUACUCAUCCCUGUUUGGAGGGCACUGUUUGUAAACAAUUUACUCACUUUUCAAGAAAGAAUUUUCCCUUUUGUUCACUGUCUGAUCAUAAUGGUUGUAUUGCACAAUUGUGUCACACUUAAUGAGCUCCACUGCCAGCUGUCAAGUUGCUUUAACUUUUUGUUGCACCAGAGCAAAUUUAGUGUAUGACCCUUCCUCAGGAAGGAUACAGAUUAUACAGCAGUCUUCCUUGUGGGAAUGAAGUAAGAGAUGUACUUGCAUCUUUGUCUUGCCUGAAAAUCUGUAUAGAUGUGGGCUGGUCCAUGCCACUCCAUAUGUUUGUGGAGCUAGUGUAGUCUGUGGGGAUAGUGGUUGGGUACAAACAAAAAAGACCCUGUUUUAUAUUCCUAGCACCAUUCAACUGUGACAAAAGGACCAAGCAAAGAGAGUGGGGGAAUUGUCGCUUGUGUUUCCUUAAUACAUAUGGAGCCUACAGAAAAGUGUAUUUAAAUAUUAGGCUCAAAUUUGAUGCAACUGGAAGCGAGAGCAAGCUCCCCUGAAUAGGAAAAAUGGCAAUGUGGUGGCAAGUAUGGAAUGGCUCUGCUUCUUGAUUUACCCUCAUUUCUAUAUCUUAUCUGAUUUCCAGUAAGAAGAUAAUGGAGAGGUCAUUCUUAUUUCCAGUCCCUAGAUUUAAGAAAUAUGAGGAUACUCAAACUGAUGGAAUUCCAUUCCAUAUUCUGAAUGUUUAGGACAGUGAAUUUUUAUUUCUAUUUCUUGUGCCCUGCUGUACUCUAUUUCCUGGUAUUUCUCCUAGUAUUGUAUGUAACGAAAAAUCAUUUUUAUGUAACUCUGAAUACAACUGGACCUUAAAAUAGUUGACUAGACUGGGUUACAGACUCAUAAUAUAAUGCUGUCUCAUUUGCUUCUGUUUUUUCAUUGUUAUAUUUUUCCUUAUGUUUGCAUUAGAAACACUAAUGUAGACGAGUUGGUUUGUUAAUUUAAAGCAUACCUUGUCCCCACAAGCUUCUUAAAAAAAGGUGGGUGUUACAUAAUGCCUACACUUCGGGAGACUCUUGGCAGAUUGUGGUGAUGGUUCAAAAACCAAUUAUAAAGAGGAAGUUUACCCAUGUUGAAAGUAUUUACAUUGCAAGAUACCAACACAAUAUGUGCAAUCAUA